AUAACCUAAUAAUAAGUGAAUGAAGGAAUGAACCAAAUCGUUGGUGGAAUGUAAUGUAAUCCGGUAUUAUGUUAUUUUGUGCAGAAAUCACGGAUGUCCGCAUAAUUUACAAUGUUCUUAGAUCAAUCGCUAUCAAAGAUUAUGUGAUACUCAGGCCUAUGGAAGAGGGGCUGAAAGCUACCCUGGACGAAAUGAAAUGUGUAGAAACUUCUGCUUACAUACCGGCGACCAUGUUUUCAAUGUAUCAAAUAAACAGUACCAGCACUGAUAUCAUUUUCAAAGUCAGCAUGAAAACCCUAGUAGAAAUUCUGAACAUAUUUGGGGAUGAUGGCAAUCCGAAUCUCAAGCUCUCCUACAAAUCGCCUGGCUCCCCUCUCUGUAUAGUAAUGAAUCACAAUGAAGAGAAUAUAACCAUUGACUGUGAGAUAAGGACUAUGAAUGUGGAGGAUUACAAUGAUAUCAGUUUGGCAGACGAAUGCAAUUUGAACAAAGUUGUUAUCAAUGCCAGUAUUUUUGUGGAGUUGCUAAAUAGAUUGGACAACUCUGCAGAUGAACUAAAAGUUUCACUUAAUCCAGAUCCCCCUUAUCUAACUUUAGUCACUACUGGAAUUGCUGGUGAAUCAGAAGUGAAUAUUUCUAAGAGUGCAGAAUCCAUCACAGUGUAUCAGUGCACCAAAACAACUAGUUCUGUGUACAGCUUCUCUAAUAUAAGGCACAUUCUGAAAGUCAUGGGGUAUGCAGACAAAGUAGCCAUCUCAACAGGAGAGUCAGGGCUGCUGGGACUGCAACUUGUCAUCAGUUCAGAUGAAAAGCAGAUGUAUGUUGAAUACUAUGUAACAUCACAGUACUUGACUGACUGACUUGUUUAUGUUAAAAUAAAUUUCACUAAGUUAACAG